AUGGCUCGCUCUCAGUCCUCGUCUCCCUCGAUCCUCACGUCAUUUAUCCGCUGGCUUCGACUCAAGAACUACCAAUAUGAAGUCACAUUUGCCCUGUACAUGCUUACUCCCAUGGAGAAAUUUAUCUUCAACUCCCUCCUCCUCCUAGUAGUCUCGAUGUUCCUCGCCGCCGCAUACAUUUACCUGCCAAACCAUAUAAUCACUGCGAUCCGGUCACCGGAGCGUUCGUGCCCCAAAUUCAUGGCGGACAGUAACCUGUCAUUGAUGUCCAACGCGGAAAAGCUCGGGCAGCAGAACGUUAUUAUGGAGACUGCGAGCAUAAUUGCUGAAGCCACAGGGAAGCGGCUUGGCGAGUUAUAA